AACGAUUCUCAUAAAUGCAGCCAUGGCUAUGCUCAUACAUAUACCCGAUCUCCAGAUCACAUUCUCAUAUCACCUCACGCUGCAUGUCUGCAGUUCCAUGAGAGUACUGUUUCAAGGUCCAGCGGCGGCGGCAGCAGCAGUAGCAGCUCAAAAGGGUUGGUUGCUCACACAGAAAACUUGCCAUGAGAUGCUGUAGGUUUUAGGGUUGAAGGACUGAUCUACUCCUCUGCUGUAGCAAGACAGCCACACAGGUCCACUUCCCUUGAGAGUUCCGUGCAGAGGUUAAGUGGGUAGCUGGUUUAGUUUCCCCAUGCGCGUGUCGAUACCGUGCGGUGACAACACUGGUCUCCAGGUUGAAGGGCUAUCCAAUCUCCCCACUGGUGCUGUGGAAAUUCAAUAUGGAAAUGAGGAUAGGAGUGGCGGUCCUUGCGGUGGUAGCGCUUCAUGGACUGUUCCAUGUCGCACUUGUGUCGGCGGAGGAGCAAGCAUUUGCGCAGACCCAGGUUUAUGGAGGCAGCAAGGAAUGGACACUCUGGUCGGCGGUGGUUGUCGGCAAAGUUUUCUGUGAUCAGUGCAUUCAGAACAAAGUCUUCCCAUACGCACAUCCGAUGAGCAAAGCGAAAGUGAAGGUCGAAUGCAAGGAUGCAUCGGGGAAUGUCGUGGACUACGCCGAUGCAUCAACAAAUUUCCUCGGAGAUUUCAUCGUCAGUUUCAAAGGGAAGGAGGACUUGACGGGGUGCUCAGUCUCUUUGGCUGGAAGCCCGGACAGCAAAUGCAGUAUCGUCGGAGGUGGAGGGAAGACCGUGACCUUGAAAUCCAAAUUCCUUUUCAAGGCUCUGUAUGUGGUGGAUCCUCUAUUUUACAAACCUGCGCUACCGAUGGAAUUCUGCUCCAAGCCGAAGAAGGGCCCAUCACCACCACCAUCACCGAGUGGAGGCGGCAUCACGAUUCCCUUCCCCAACAGACGCCCCUCAACUUGCUCAUGCUUGGAUUGGCUUCGCCCGGACUACAAAUGCUACUGGCCCAAGGACAUGCAACCAUGGAAAACAACCGUGGGGACAGUGUUCGGCAAAGGCGCGCAGCAGAAAUACGGGAGCAAGACACUCGCAGGCGGGCUCCUCACGGAAGACGAGCUGCUCCGUCAGGCCAUAUCUGCCAUUCUCAACUCCCGCACCAACAUGCAUUUCUACAUGUCUCCGCGUGCAAUUCAGCGAAGUUUUGCAAAAGCGUUGUAUGCAUCCGAGCCAACGAAAGCGGCACAAGCGAAGGCGUUCAAGGAUGCUAACAACGGUUACGGCAAGGGCAAGUGCCUGCUCGUCUCCUGCAAGUGGUGAACUAACCCCCCCUCCUCUCCCUCUCUCCCUCUUCUCCUUAUACAAUAUCUUCUUUGCACACAUCCCCACACACAAGAGCAGGGAGGGACCCACUUCGCAUAUUAAUUCUUCUUUAUCACAUACAUACAUUCAUGGAUGGCAGUGUCGGUGCCAAACCUUGCAACAAGGUUGAGUUGCAAGCAUUUAUCUCCGUCUAGUUCCCUCGCUCUUCAUCGAUCAGGUUGCCAUGGCAUGGCACCAACCAACACAUCCACCACCACCACACUGUUGUUAUUGUUGUUGUUGCCAUCCAGCUCCUCUUCGUCUUCUUCUGCUCCUUCUUCUCCGUAGCUCAUUAUCUAUAUCUAUAUUUAUAUUCAUGUAUUGCCUUCUAGUGGUUCUUUUGGAUUGCGCCGUGCUUCAUAGUGUUCGGAAGAGUGAGGUUGCACUCCAUUAACAUCAGAUCUACACCAGCCUUUAUAGAUGUCUAGAAAUUGGGUGUCGUGGAAACUCCCUUUUGGUUUUAGGAAGAAAUUGGGUUUUCUUCUCGUUUUAUAUAUUUAUAGACAUAAAAAAUUAACUUUUACAGUUCCUUGAAAGGUUCUUUACAUUGGGUUCUUACAUCAGAAUAAAAACUUUUUGUUCAUGAAA